CGAUCACCAGCAGAUGGCAGUAAUGCACGGAUAAUGCGGAAUACUAAUACAAAGAAGAAGAAGAAUUAGAAGGCGCCAAAUUUCAAGGCAGUGGGCGGGGCUUGCGUUCCGUCAGUAAUAACGAGCGCAGCUAGUGUUGUGUAAGCAUAGCUAACGCUACUACAGCAGUACUAUAAGUGUAGUGAGCUACAGCAGUACUAUAAGUGUAGUGAGUGCGCUUCAGCGGAGCGGCGAGGAUGUGGAGUAGCGUGGAGCUGCUCCUGAACGAGGAGACGAACACCGUGCGGCUGUACAGCGACGAGCAGGAGGCCGGCAGCGCGUUGUAUCAGGUGGACUCUCUGGUCAAGCUCUCGUCCUCACAGAAGGUGCUGUCCGACCCGAAGCUCUACGCCUCCAGCACUCCUCACUGCUGCAUCGUCGCCGCUGACACUGCUGUGGUUCUGUUUGAUCCCAGCUUUCAGACGGUCCUCAUUCAUCUGUAUUUUGACACUGUGGUGGAUGCAGUCGCGGUGUGCCCCCAAGCGCAGUUUCUUCUGGUGGGAGAGAGGAAUGGGAGUCUGCACAUCAUCUAUGUCCCUCUGAAAAAGACCGUGCUGACCAAAACUCUGCUCAAACCAAACCCCUCUGAUGGCGCGGAGACCACCUUCAAGAGCCUAAUCCUGCACGAGACCCCUGCUUCUGAAGGAGUGUAUGAUCUCUUUUUCAUUGUUAAUGAUGGUUUCCUCCACACAUCAAAUGUUGCCUUGGGAAAAAUCCAGAGAGCCAUUGAAAACAUGGAUCUAGUGGCCUUAAAUAAGAUCCAAGAUGAUAUUCUUAUGAACUUCUGCUCAACUACAGAGAUUCAUGAAGACGGCUGCAACUCGGCGAGUCUGGUCUGUUUGGGAAGCACAGUCCACCUUCUGAUUGGAGCUGUUGGUGUCAGUGCUCUGUCACUUUGGACCAUGGGCCCCGAGCAGAAAUCAUUGUCUCUCACAAAACUCCUCGACUCUGCUUUAGUGUCAGAGGUGAAGAAGAUUCAAGUUGUGGAUAAUUUGAUGUAUGUUCUAAACAAUGAGGGCAUGCUCAGCUUGCUGGACUUUCACUCAUUUGUCAUGCUUUGUUGCUGGCCGGAUCAACACGUUGAAGAUUUCCUGCUGAUAUCAGACGGGAACUCCUCAACUAUUACACAGCAAGAUGAAAACAGCAUGAAAAUCAUGUCCUUGGUAGUUGAAGAAAACAAGGGUCGUGCUAGGAAGCUCGUGGUUCAGUCGCUGCCUUCGAUGGAGGUUUUCUACUCGCUGGAAGUUUCUUCUGAGUCUUGGUUGAUCCAGAAGGGAGUCAGUAUGGACCCUUUCUAUUUGCUGGAGGGAGUUUUGGCGAACACAAAGAGCAGCCCUGAAGAUCCCGUGUCUACUGUUGUGAUCCGAUGCUUCACAGAGGCGCUGCCAGAGAACAGACUGAACAAACUCCUGUAUAAGCACAAGUUUGAAGAAGCGGAGAAAUUCGCCAAAGCCUUUGGACUUGAUGUUGAACUGGUGUAUAAGGUUAAGCUGAAUGUUGUGCUGGAGAAGCUGAUCUCCGCAUCAGGCAGUGCUCAAACCCUGCAGUGGCCCGAGCUCAUCGAAGAGGCCAAGACCAACCUGAUGAAGAUCAUGGACGAGCAGUUUGUGGUGCAGUACUGUCUGACUGCUUCUUGGCCUUCUCUGAGCAUCGCUGAAGACAUGCUGAGUUACACCUCGAACCGCUUCCCCUGCUGCCAGAUCCAGACAGCCCUGGCCAAGCUCGCCACCUUCGCUAGCGUCUGUGGACCUGACCGCUUUGAGGGCAUAGCAUGGAUUGAGUUCUUGAACAGUGUGGAUUAUCUCCGAGACAUCCUUGCUCUUCUGAAAGAGGGCAAUCUUAGUGGAGCACAGUACUUGUGGCUUCGACACGAGGGAGAGUUUUGCAGGGAGUUUGAUGAGAGCUGCCUGCAUGCUCUGCUGGGCUCCAUCUCUUCUGACGUCUCCUCUCAGGACCUGCGGCUGUGGUUUAAGGGGGUUCUGGUCCCGUUUGUGUGGAGAGCGCUGCCCAGCGGACGGAAAAUCCUCGCCAGGUGGUUGGAGCAACGUGUGAGGAAUCUGGAGUUAACAGAAAAGAGUGACUGGCCUCAUAAUGGACUGGUCCUGGCUGAACUUGGCCUGCCUUCCCUCUGGAUGUCUAUGGGUUUGGCUGAAAACUGUGUAUCAGAGGAAGUGCUAAACCUGCGGUCACUGGUGGCUAACCUCAGACAGCUGUGUGAGCUCGACUCCAAAUACAGCUGCCGUCUCUCACUGUCCGACUACGAAAGGGGAAGCACACGCAGCAUGGCCUUCCUGAUGCUGGAUAAGGUGCAGGCCCCGGAGCUGGUUCCUGCUGUGAUUAAGAGCAGCGUUCAACCCUAUGCUCUUGAGAACGGAUUGGACCUGGACCAGACCCUCUUACACUACAUCAAGGAGCUGCUAGACUGCUGCAGUUCUCAGAUCACUUCUCUCUUCACUGAAUGGGAGGCCAAAGCUGUGGCUGUGCUGCGCUGCAUGACCGACACGAAUGAGCUGCUGAGAGAGGGGUACAGACUGAUGGAAAUAAAGAAGCUUCUCAGAUGCUACGGCAUCCGCAGCUUAGCCCUUUCUAAUGCUCGUGAUGUCAUGAUGCUUGUGAGGCACAUCCUAAAACAGGACCUGCCCACCUCUCUCGAGGACUCGCUGAAGUUAAUCGAGGCCUACAAACUAAACCCCGCAGAGAUCCACCACCUUCACUGCAUCCAUCUCAUCCAGCACAAUAAGAGGGAGAAGUGCGUCGCUCUGCUGAAGAACCUGCUCCGUCCUGAAGCAGAGCUUGUGAUCGAGCGCAUGGCCUGCUGGGCAAGACUUGAACUUCAAGACAAGCGGCACGUUUCUCAAGAGGUCAGAGAAAGAGUGGGAACCUCACAGAGACUUUCAAAUCAUACAAAUUAUUAUGUUCUCUACAUUAAAAUUCUCAUUUUGAUUUUAACUGAUGAUGCCUUCAAGAAAACUGAAUGUGAGAACAAUCUGAAGAUGUUCACAGCCAUUGCUCAUCUUCAGGAAGACUUUGACAUCUUCUUGACCCCAGAGGAAUAUGAUGAUCCAGCCGUGAGACACAAGUUCAACCAGCAGCUCAUCACUGCAUAUGAGAACGCACAAGCAUGGCGGCGCUCAGGACGACCGCACCCUGACGAGGUGUCCAGCAGUCAUCUGAAGGACAGUGAUGCCGAUGGGAAGACGAAGAGCCUGUCCACUGAAGCGGGGCUCCACCGGCUGGCCAGACAGCUGCAGAAGACUGAGCAGGAGCUGUGGGCAGACCUGGCGCUGAGAGCUCUGGAUGCUGGAGACGUGGAGAAAGCCUUGCAGAUCCUCAGGGAGCUGUACCAGCACCACUCGACCUGCAGCACCGGACAGGUUCUGUUCAGCACGGCCCAGCGCCUCUGUCAGAUGCUGGAGGAAAACAUCCCCAUGGUUCUGCCUGAACAGGUUAACCUGCCUGCUGUCAUCCAUGGGCUGGCCUGUCAGGCCAUUACAGUCUGCCACAGUGGUACUGAAACACUUCCACUCUUCAUAUUCUCAUUAAGUGCAUGUCACUGAGCUGUCCUCAGUCCGCUUCAGCAGUUACAGAUCACUCAUGUGUCCUUUUAUUUUCAGGAAUCUGCACUGAGUGGUGAAGAGGAUGCAUACACUGAAUCUCAUUUCCAGGAUGUCUUUAAUGAGGACUGCAUUGUGCUGGAUCCAGUCUCAGUGCUUCCACUGCAGUAUAAAAUCACCAGGAAUCUGUUGCCACUGUCAGAAUCAAGGCUUUAUCCUUUUGGCUGUUCCUGCCUGUCAUACUGUGAUCUCAAAGUAGGCACUGAUUUGGUUGGGCCUUUGCUCAAUCCCUUGGCCUCUAUGCUGCAGAUGCUGCAGGAGUGCAGUCAGCUAGAACUGGCUCUGCGACUGCUGAUGGAAUCCUACGGCAGCAUAUUAAUGCACUUUGUUUCUAACAACAUGGAUAUCUCUCUAAGCAUGCAGCUUCAUUCUAGCAACCGCUUGGCCAGAGACAAACAGACUCUUGACAGGAUAGAGAAAACGGUUCUCUCGUCUGUCACUGUGGUUGUGGUCUCCUUGUUACAGAAGGUGCUCAACUGGAGAGUGGUCGACUCUGAUCUGGCCAUCGGGCUUUGUACCAUUUUGCCCAAGGCAGCGGUUGUGGAUAUUCUCUGGAAGAUGAUCGCCAGUGCCUGGCAAAAUUAUGAAAAGAUUAAGGUUGUUGCAAUGGUGGGAGCCCAUCUAAGUUUUUUGUAUAAGGAUGAAGAGGAGAGGGGGAAGUUUCUGUCUGUUAUCACUGAUGCAGAGUGGGGCGUUCAGCUGGGCAAGCUCGGGGUCUCCAUCCAGUCAGUGUUUAGGCAGUGCGCAGAGACUAAGAGAAACUUGAUUCCUACACUUGUGAAAAACAGGAACAUCACUCCUGACAUCAUACUGCAUUACUGCAGCACGUUUGGAUUGGACAGCGGUUCUGCAAUCAAUUUGUACAUCACCACUGUGCUGCUGCAGGAGGACAGGUGGUAUGAAAUGGAGAUUGCAGAAGGCGAUGCCAAAGCUAGCCUGCGGUGUGAGGAGUCUCUGCUAGGAAGAGAUGACAUGCUCGAAAGUGCUCUUCAGAUCGUUCCUCAGCUUGGCUCUACCAAAGACCUUGUGAUCAGUCUCAACACAGCCUUGACCAAGCUAAAUCCAUACAACUAUGAGUGGAUCGAGAGAGUGCUCAGAACUAUUCAGAUGGCGGAUGAGACCACAACCCUGCUACCCCUCGGUCAGAUGGUGGGAUUACUCCAGCAUUUGAAGUCGCACAGAAGGAUCUCGGCCCCCACAGACCUGGAGAGCUCAUAUCUUCUGGAGAACGGUCUUGAACCCACGGCUCUAGCUCACACCCGCCUGCCCUUUCAUCUGCUCUUCCAGAACAACCACGCCUUCUGGAAGACUGUCUCUCCAGAACUGAGUGAGGACACUUUACCCACGCUGCUCCUCAUCUGUAAACUAAUGAAGGUUAAUCCUGAUAAGCUGUAUGUUUUAGCUGUGAACCAUGUGUUCAAGAAGAGUCUCUUGCCUUUGCUAACGGAUCAGGCUAAGAAAAUCCAGAUGGUUGCUCCCAGUAAAGAGUUGUCUCGUGUGACUCAGAGUAUCUUUGAACACGCGCUGUGCAUCCAGAAUCUGGAACUUGCUGCAGCCACAGUCCAUAAAAUUGCCCAGGACCUUCCUGCAGGUGCACAAAAGACCGAUUUCUUGAAGUUCAGUUUGGAACUCGUGCACAAGUUACUGCAGUCUGAUACUCUGGAGCACAAUCUGCAGACUCGAGGUGAAGCGCUGAUCUCUAAACUGCAGUUCCAGUAUCAGCGGUCGGCCACAGAGAACGCUCUGCUCUCGUCUCAGCUCAGCUCUCCAGAGCUGCUGAAGCUCACAGGACUGCCGGGGCGUCUCAUCGUCGCUCUGUUUGAGCACAGCUCGGUGCUGGAGCGGAUGACUAGCCCUGCUGGCCUCUCCUACCCUGACAUUCACAGCGUGGCCAAAGAUAUUGCCUCCAUCAAUGGUGUCGAUCUUUUGAAGAUCCGGAACAUUCUUCUGGAGAAGUGGUUGUGUCAAACAGGGCAGUCGAAUGGCAAGGACAAUCUUCAGGACAGUGUGACUAAUAUAAAUGAUGAUCCUGAUCUCAUGAGAGUUGUUUACUUGCUGCAGAUGCACCCUAUGGAUAUCAGUGCUCGGUUGCUCAGUCCCAUCCUGACAGCACAGACAUGGCCCCUGGGAGGAUCAGGCCUUCGUUUGACCUUCGAACACCGCAGUCGAGCUCUGCUCUGUCUCACUCACUUAGCAGAUGCUGCCACCUUGGAGACACUUUCCAACCAGCCUAGCAGCAAAAUCAAGUAUUAUUUGAAGUGCUACAUGUACCUUGCCCAGAUGGAGGCCCUGAACAUUCCCUAUACCUUGGAAAUGUUCAUCAGCAGCCCCAAGGAAGGCAUGAUCAAGGGUUUAUGGAAGAACCACAACAAUGAACCUCAGGCUGUCCGGCUUGUGGCCGAGCUUUGUCUGGAGUAUGAGGUUUAUGACUUGCAGCUGUGGAACAGUGUCUUGCAAAAGCUUAUGUCGUUUAAUAUGACAAGCUACUUGCAGAAGGUUCUUGAAGCCCUCAUAGCAGUGCCCAGUCUUUUAGAGGGGCAAAGUCUUUCCCGGAUAUGGCGGAGUGUGAUUCAAGCCCCUUUCUUGACAGCCUCUCUGCCUCUCAGCCCUCGACAGCAUGAUGUGAUGUACAACACAUUUGUCCUGCUUCUAAAAUGUCCAUUUGUAUUGACGUUGGAUCUGGUUGGCAUCGCCAGGCGGUUUGCUCAGUUCAGCCUGCAGGCCUUCUCUCUGGGCACACUCUUGCUCAUACCUUGUGCCAGAAAGAAGGACCCACAGAUUCAAAGCUUCCUGUUAUCCUGCAACCCUACCCUCAUUCUGGAUCAGGUGGAGGAACGCAUGAGCACCGGAGAGUUAGCCGGCAUUCCUUCACAGAUUAGGGACACUGUGUUCACCUUCCUUUGUGGAAAUGGCAAGUCGCAGAUGUUGAUGAAGACCAAACACUUCACUUAUCUGAAGAAGCACUUGAUCUCAAAGGCUCAUUCUGAAAUAGUGCAGGAGCUGCUGAACUGCCUUGUGGGGCAAAAUGGUGAAGAGGAGGCCAUUUCUUUUGCCCAUGAAUAUCUGAAAUACAGAGAGCUGAAAGGAGGGCAAACGGCUCCGCUGAGCAACACCGUCUCUGAUCCUGUCAGGGAGUUUUUGGAAAAGGCCCUGGAACCCAGAGUUACACAAACAUCAGCAUAAAUAUUUGUUGUCUGUGGGUAACAUUAUAGUAUUUUCACUCAGUACAGGAUUGCACUAGUAAAAUAGUAUCUGCUUGCACAUUUUACAUUGAAUAUUAUUACAGUAUUUCAGUACAGAUGUUUUGUGAUUAUAAACAAGUGGAUGUAGAUGCAUACCUGCUUUACAAAUAAAAACUAUUACUUUUUUCCAGUA